AUGAUGCAGCUGCCCUUCCGACUGCAACAGCACUGCGCCCCAAAGGGCUCCACGCUUCUUGUUCACCUCUGUCUAUUCACGCUUCUCCUCGUCGCUACACCCGCAUCGGCGUUUGGAACUCGAGUUGAUGCAGGCCAGCGCGAGUGCCUGGUGGAGUCCAUCGCGGCGGGCGGAUCUCUUGCGUUUACGUUCCGUGUCACCGAUGGCGGCUCCUUCGACAUAGACGUCACCAUGUACGCCACGACGGUGGCGCCGCUGGGGAAGAUGGAGGAGACGACGCGAAUGCACUACAACACGCUUCUCAUGAACAUGCGCGAUAACACCACCACCGCCCUCGUGAACGAGUGGCGGCGUGCCAGUGAGGGGAGCCAGUCGUACACGGCCCCCACAGCGGCCGAGACGAAGCACGGGCUGCCGGCCGAGGUCACGGUGUGCUUUGACAACUCCUUCUCGAGGGUGGCGCCCAAGUGGGUUCUAUUCCAGUUCCUCAAGCGCGACGUGGUGGAGAUCGACCCCGACAGCCUCACCAAGGCGGAGGCGGAGAUAGAGAAGAAGCUCCACAACCAUGGUAAGGUGUUGUUCGAGCUGGCCGUCGUGGCGGAGCGGAUGCGGCAGGUGGGCGAGUCAGACCACGUAAAGUAUGAAUCUGUAUAUAUUAUCGUCACAGCUGGAUUAAUCGGAAACAUCUUGAUUUUACUCAUCAUGGCAAUAUAUCAAUACAAAACAAUGACACGCUUCCUCAGACGGUGCAGGACGAAGUGA